AUGUCACAAGAAACACGAUCUCUUCUUGCGGUCGCUCUUUCAACGGUAAUAGGCUCAUUAGUAUUACCAAAUCUACCUAUGAAUAUUUAUUCGGAAAACGAUUCUUUUUCUGAGCAAUCACAUAACCAUUAUGAACUUAACCUACGUCAAUGCCACCUAAUUAAUGGACCUGUUCCAAAAACCAAAUAUAGUGUCAUUAAAAAUGGCACAAAAGAAAUUUUCAUUCAAUCAAUUUCCAGCAACUCAAACGUUCCUUUAACACAAGAAUAUAUUCCAGAGAAUUCAUUAAAUGUUCAUUUACCACUCACCUCAACAGUUCAAGAACUCAAGUUAAUCAUCCAGGCAAGACGAAACUUUCCGCUUUCAGAUCAAGAACUAAUAUUUAAUGGACAAAUCUUAAGAGAUCAACUUACUCUUAUUGAAUAUAACAUAAAAGAGUACUCGAUUAUUGAAUUGAACAUUGAAAAUAAUCAUAUACAAAACGAUCAAGAAUAUGAUGAAACGUCAACUCUUGAAAAUGAGACAAUUCAAAGCACAAUUUCUGGAUUAACCGAAGUCGAACAUUCCUCAUUGAUCGCAUACAUCAAUCCGAAUCAAUUACACUCACAAUAUGAUUAUGAUUUCUCUUAUGUCGUCGACCACAAGAAAUUUUAUCGCGGUGGUUUGGAAUAUCACCGUCCAUGCAGCUGGCAACGAUAUGCAUUACGAGUCUUGAAUCGAUAUGAAUCAAAUAUCUGGUUAGGCGUUCAAGACGAAACGAAUAAGGAUGACGACACUCUCAUAUACACACGCAAAUCCGAAUAUGCUUCGGAAUCAUCUGAAUGGCCAGUAUCUUACCAUGCAAACGGAACGUUGAACGAUUCAUUCACGAUGGCCGAUAUCGGUAGUUCAAAAUUAAAAUCCAAUUUUAAGUUUAUAGGAAAAUAUGUAAUGAACAAAUUAUUCGGAAAUCGUAAGGAAAAUAUAAAGAAAAUGUUUCCAUAUGGAAGAGGAAUAUAUACCACCCCAAAUAUUACAAUUGCAGCUCAAUUUGCUAAUAGAUUUGAAUUUGAAGGUGUCAAAUAUUUGGUAUUAUUUCAAAAUAGAGUUAAUCCAAAGACGCUGAAGAAAGUUCAUGAUUUUUGGAUUAGUCCAAAAAUGGAUGAUGUAAGAACUUAUGGAAUUUGUAUUAAAAGGGAUCCUUGUCAAAUGUCCUAA